AUGUCUUUCAACCCACCCAGCGAUCUCGAAUCCCUCGAAUCCUACCUUCAAACCCUCCUUUACGACCUCUCCGUCCAACCUUCGGACGCUAUCUUCCGCAAAACGCUCGAGAAAAACGUCCCCAAGUCUUUUGAGGGCCUCAUCAACGGCGAACCGAAAGACUAUGAUUCCCUCCUCAAGCUCACGCUCAUGCAACGCCACACCUUCACCAGCCUCGUCAUUUUGAAACAAGAAUUUGCAGUCAUCCCGAAAGAUACUGAGGGUAAGACUGGAACGGUGUUCCAUGGAUGGGAUCUGAGUGCUGUGCAGAAUGGCAAGGUCGUGAAGGCAAGAGCUAGAUGUGUUUUCGAAAUUGGGUGGCACAAGGGUCAUAGGGUUGUUGAGUCUGGGAAUUGUGUUAAUGUUGUAGAUUAA